AUAAAAGCAGGAAGGAAGGUGUGAGGCGUAACAGAAAACGCGCUUCCUCAACGGGGUUUUUCAGCGACUGAAAGAUUCUUCUCUCCAUUGUGUUUUCUUCUUCUUACUUCCUUUUUCUUUGUAACGGCUUCUCGUUUUAACGAUUACAGUUACAGAGAGCAGGGAUUGGUGAUUUUCGCUGCGGUUACGAUUUAGAGAGAGAGAGAGAGAGAGCACGGAAUCUAAAAGAUCGAAAAUUAAAUUCGCAUUUAAAGCUUCCCACACUCUCUCUUAUUUGGACUGACUUCAAAUCUUCUUCGUUGAUCGUUGAGAAAGGAAGAGUGUUGUGUGUGGUGAUUCAUAGAAGAAGAUUUAUUCAAGCUUGACUGAUGACGAUAGGUGAGCAUAUGUAUGAAGAGCUGUGGAAGCUAAGCGCGGGGCCUCUGGUGGAUGUUCCUCAAGCUGAGGAAAGAGUCUAUUACUUCCCUCAAGGUCACAUGGAACAACUGGAAGCGUCAACGCAACAAGACUUGAAUACGAUGAAGCCACUUUUCGAUCUUCCUCCUAAGAUCCUUUGCAGAGUUAUGAACGUUCGUCUCCAGGCUGAGAAAGAUACGGAUGAGGUAUAUGCUCAGAUCAUGUUGAUGCCUGAAGGAACUGUUGAUGAGCCUAUGAGUCCUGAUCCUUCUCCUCCAGAGUUGCAAAAGCCAAAGUUUCACUCUUUCACCAAGGUUUUAACUGCGUCUGAUACAAGCACCCAUGGUGGUUUCUCUGUUCUAAGGAAGCAUGCUACUGAAUGCCUCCCUCCCCUGGAUAUGACCCAGCAAACCCCUACCCAGGAGUUAGUAGCCGAAGAUGUGCACGGUUAUAAGUGGAAGUUCAAACAUAUUUUUAGAGGACAACCACGGAGGCAUCUUUUGACCACAGGCUGGAGCACCUUUGUCACCUCAAAGAAAUUGGUUGCCGGGGACACCUUUGUCUUCCUCAGAGGAGAGAACGGAGAGUUGCGUGUUGGAGUCAGACGUGCUAAUCGUCAACAGAGUAGUAUGCCUUCAUCAGUCAUAUCAAGCCAUAGCAUGCAUCUGGGGGUUCUUGCUACUGCAUGCCAUGCUACUCAAACCCGGAGUAUGUUCACCGUAUACUAUAAACCAAGGACAAGCCAAUUCAUCAUUAGCUUGAACAAAUAUCUGGAAGCCAUGAACAGUAAGUUCUCUGUAGGGAUGAGGUUUAAGAUGAGGUUUGAAGGAGAUGAUUCCCCUGAAAGAAGAUUUUCUGGCACGGUUGUUGGUGUUCAAGACUGCUCCCCUCACUGGAAAGACUCAAAAUGGCGAUCCUUGCAAGUUAAUUGGGAUGAGCCUGCAUCGUUUACAAGACCGGAUAAGGUAUCACCAUGGGAGAUGGAGCCAUUUGCAGCUUCAGAAAAUGUUCCCCAAUCAGUUAACAAAAGAGCCCGUCAUGUUAAUGAAGUAUCUGCACUUGAUGUAGGCGUACCAUCUUCAAACUUUUGGAGUUCCGCAUUAACACAAUCCCAUGAGUUUGCACAAUCAUGCAUCACCUCACAAAGGAAUCCUCCUCAGAGUUCUGAUUGGCCAGUUAGCCCUUACUCAACACUGAACGGCCAAAUGGUUUUCCCAGUGGAACAGAAGAAACCUGAGACUACUACUACUGCUAGUUGUAGAUUAUUUGGGAUUGAUCUGAUGAGUUCCUCUCUACCGGCUCACGAGGAGAAAACUGCACCCAUGCGACCAAUUAACAUAACCAAACCGAACAUGGACAGCAACACAGACCCAAAGUCCGAGAUUUCAAAACUAUCAGAAGAGAAAAAGCAGGAACCUGCGCAGGCAUCACCGAAAGAGGUUCAAAGCAAGCAAAUCAAUUCGUCAAGAAGCCGUACCAAGGUGCAGAUGCAAGGGGUACCAGUGGGGAGGGCUGUGGAUUUAACACUAAUAAAUGGGUACGUUGAGCUUAUAGACGACCUUGAGAAGCUGUUUGAGAUAGAAGGCGAACUGAAGAGUCGGAAUCAAUGGGAAAUAGUGUUCACGGACGAUGAGGGAGAUAUGAUGCUUGUCGGUGAUGACCCAUGGCCUGAGUUCUGCAACAUGGUGAAGAGAAUAUUUAUAUGGUCAAAAGAAGAAGUGAAGAAAAUGACGCCCGGGAACCAACUCAGGAUACUGUUAACGGAAGUUGACACAACAAUCUCCAAAACAGAGAACUAUUCCAACUAAUUUCACUACAGUCUCAGUUUCAUUCUUAUCAGCUUUGUCUUGUCCAGUGUCUGUGUUUUAUUCCGAGGUAGGCUUAAACAUGAAACCACGUCUUGUCAGUUGUGACAGCAAAAGUAAAGGCUCAAAAGGUGUCUCGUUUUUUUUGGGGGGGGGGGAGAGCUUCUUAUGGAGAAAGAGGGUUUAUGGGGAACUUCUGUUUUCAAGGUAGGCUUUCUGUAAGGUCUUAAUUCUUUUUCUUUGUAGAAACCUGUGUGUGUGUGUGUAAGAGAUACGACGAUGUAACAAACAGAGAAGUAGUAGUCAAUAAGAUUGUGUAUAACUGGGGAAGGACUUUUGGGAUGUUUGGAUUAUAUAAGAGGGAUCAUCCUCAUGGCUCGUGUAAGCCUCUUCUUUUCCUUUUAUGUUUCUUAGUUUUUUUUUUGUGUUUUGUUUUGUUGUUUUUCAUGCAAGUGUCAAUGUACAUAUAUGUUGUCAAAACAGAACUUCAAGCA